UUUGUCCUUAUUGUUAUAGUAUAUUGAUGACUUAGGAUCCUGGACAGUCACUCCGACCCCUAAAGGAUGGAACGAAGCCAACUGGUCACUACAACACGCUUUAGAGAAAAGUCACUCUCUGUGGGGAUAUAGUUUCUGGAAUUACUACAUUAGUGUAGAUCUUCUUAAUGUUUCUCGGAACAUACUGUAUGUACAUCAAAAUGGUCUUUAUGAUGACUUUUGGCCACAAUCGGACCGCAACCCAUUUGAUGAGCCAGCAUUCAAAGAGGCCUUCAUGAACGAGACUGUACCACUUGCACUACUUCUAGGCGGAGAGGAACAGACCGCACGAGACAAGCUGGAAGCAGUUUAUGAGUUUCAAAAGAAUUUAUAUAAGAUAUUCCUUCCUUAUGAUUUAAAAAACAAGGGAACUAAUCUGACGUUUGAAAAAAGAAUAACUGUAGGAGAGUUUCAGACCGUACUAGGAUCAUGGAUCGACGUAGACAAAUAUUUUUCUACUGUUGCUGGUCAAAAGUUUGUAACUAAAGAUGAUGAAAUGAAUGUAGAUGCGCUUGAUUACUUUAAGAGGCUCAGAUACAUCAUCCAAGGAACCGACAAAGAAGUUUUAGCCAACUAUAUUGUCUACAAUUUCGUCGAACUUGCACGCAGUUAUUUCCCUUCAUACAUGCCAGUAGAAGCGAACACUCGAUCAGAGAAAUGCUUACAACUCUUUAUUAUGAAUGAUAUGAUGUAUCCAUCAUCUUCACUGUUUGUGGAGAAACAUCUCUCUCCAGAGCUUCAUACCAUGGCUGCUCUUAUUAUAAAUGGUCUAGAACAUCAGUUCGUCAUAACGUUUGAGGACUCAGACUGGAUUGAUUCAAAAGUCAUUCAAAGACUGAAAUCCAUGAAAAUAUCAAUCGGUGGUGAAGACUGGAUUACUGACCCAGUAUCAAUUGAUAAGAGAUAUGAAACUCUUGAAGCUGUGGCAGGAGACUAUCUACAAAAUCGUGCUAACAUAGUCAGGUUUAGAAAUAACAGGAGAGCAAGACGAUACAGAAGUCCUCCAGAGGUAAUAAAAAGUAAAUACGUUUAUGAUGUGAGUACCGAGCAAAACAAUUUAUUCAAUGAGUUAUUUGUACCAACUGGCAUCUUGAUGGAACCUCUUGCAUCAGCUUCCUAUCCAGACGCCUACUUGUAUGGCUCCAUUGGUACAGACAUAGGUACCACGCUUAUUUUUAGUUUGGACAAAAAUAACAAUAGCAUCUAUGCAAACAAAUCAGAAUGUUGGAAAGAUCAGAUUGAUGCCUACCAGCUACAUGGGAAAAACCUAAGUGGUCAAUUAAAUAUAGAUAUAUUUAUUGCUGACAAUGUAGGUUUUAAGCUGUCCUAUGGAGCCUAUAAAAAUGCGUUUAUAUCAAAACAUUCGUUGCCAAACCUGAACCUAACUGAAGACCAACUGUUUUUUGUUGGCUUGAACCAGUACUUUUGUGGUCAUUAUGCUCCGGAGUUUGAGCUAGAGAGAAUUAAAGUCUGGCAGUACACUCCAGAUAAACUCAGGGCGCUUCACGUCAUCGCAAACAGUCCAGAAUUCGCAAGAGCUUUUAAGUGUUCAAAAAUGUCAACUUUAAAUCCUGAGAAGAAAUGCAGUGUUUGGUGACCUCUUGAACCAUGGAACACUUCCUACCUUUUAAAACAACACACUCUGUUAAAUGUUAGCGUUUAUUUUGUGUAAAACCAAAUUUGGUGUAAUUCAAUUUGGAUUGUUCUGCAUUAAUGUUAGUAAAAAUAAAAUUAAUGUUGCUAUUUA